AUGUUACUACCCAGAACAGAAGCAGGAAGUUCGAAAAUGCCUUCAUGGCAUGUCGACGUUAUGGAAGACAUGACCGCGGAUUUAGAUGGUAGUUUAUCUAAUUUGGGUGCCGAAUUAUCCACCGGAUCCUAUAACAUGAGUGAGGCUCUUUUAUCUCUUCCAUCAUUGACCGUUUUUAAACAAGAAGCUUUGUCGCCACCGCAAGAAAAUCUAACAAAUUUAAAUCAUUCUCAUUCACAACAAAAUUAUGAAGAAUCUCAAGAUCACGCCACGACACUUCACAGAUUACUUCAACAGCAAAAUAAUUACAAUAAUAAUAAUAAUAUGAAGAGAAAUAAUUUUACGUGUUUAAACAAAUUACAAGAAACAAAUGAAAAAAAAAAUGAAGACUGUAGAUUUCAGUACGUAUUAGCGGCAGCUACAUCAAUAGCAACGAAAGUGUCAGAAGAAACAAUAACUUAUUUAAAUCAAGGGCAAUCAUAUGAAAUCAAAUUGAAAAAAGUUGGAGAACUUUCAAAUUUUCGCGGGAAAAUUCUUAAACCUAAAAUGGCGGCAUAUUUAUUUUUACAUUACUUUGGAUCUCAUGAUGAUAAAUUUGAUGAAAGCGAUAUUUACGACGUACUUUCAAGCGGUUACGAUUGUUUUAAAGAAGCAUAUUUUUAUAUAAGAGAAUGGAUUGUCGGAGAUGAUAUUGAUACAAAAGAAUUAGCCGAAAUAACUCAAUCGUUUGCACUUAAAGUAUUAAUAUUUACAUAUCAAGCAGUUUCAUGGGUUAUCCAAUACACGUGUGCUGUUUUAAUAUACAUAUUUACAAACGCAGAUACAAUGAUAGAAGCCGUUGAAUAUAUACAUCCGAACAAAGAUGGUACCAUAUUUAAAACCAUAACGUCGUUGAUCGUAUACGAAAAACCACUUUGUUUCGAUUACAAUCCCUUACAUUGGAUAGUGAAAUUCUUUAAAGUGUUAACUUUCAAUCCUUUGUUCAAAGGAAACGUUAUUGCAGAACCGGAAAAUUCAUUUUUUAGUGUAGAUAAAUUACUUAUUAUAGGAAUUAUAGUGUUUCUUGCGUUACGCUCAUAUUUUCCAAAUAUAAAAAAAUUAUCGAUAAAAAUGUUUAGAAAAUUAAAACGAAAUCCUUAUUAUCCGCAUUAUAAAAAACAUACGAAAGGAGGAGGACAUGUUAAAAAUCAUAUUGACGUGCCAAACGAUCAUUUCGCAUUGAAUUUAUCAUUUAAUUCAAAUCUUCAAUCAAUUAAUAAUCCUCCGUUAACGAAUUGUAACAACCUUACCGUUACGUCAAAUGCAUCCCUUUGUAAAUUGGUAUCCAACAUUUUAAGCAGUUCAAAACUCGUCGAAUCGAAUGCUCUAGAAAGCAUUAUUAGAAUUUGUUUUCACGAAAGAAGACUUCAGUAUAUGGAAAAAGAACAAAUAUUUGCUUGGCAAGCAUCUAGACCCGGAGAACGUAUCGUGGAAUUAGACGUACCACUUUCUUACGGACUUUUUGACGUUGAACAAGAUCCAACCAUGUUAAACACUUUAUCUUUUUUAUGGGAUCCUACAAAAGAAGUUGGAGCUUACAUAAAAGUAAAUUGCAUCAGUACGGAAUUUACACCGAAAAAACAUGGAGGGGAAAAAGGUGUACCUUUUAGAAUUCAAGUCGAAACUUUUAUCGAAGGUGAAUCCAUGCGUUUACAUGCGGCUGCUUGUCAAAUAAAAUUAAAAGGUGCCGAUAGAAAACAUAAACAAGACAGAGAAAAAAUAUUAAAGAGACCAUUGUCUGAACAAGAUAAAUAUCAACCAUCUUACGAAUGUACCGUAUUAAAUGACUUAUUACCUGAAGCGGUUUUUUCGAGUUCGAAUUCUUCGUCUCCUCCCACGUCGGAAAUUGUCGUCGUUUCUCCAAGACAUAAUUCUUCUCCGUACCAUUCUUCUUCGAUCGAUUUAAGCGAAUCAAACAUGAUUUUACAUAAUCAAAUUCGAUCACAAAUCGUAUCGAAUUCGACAUUUGCUGUUAAAUCCGAUCGAGUCAUUUCUCCAGAAACAAUAAAUGAUAAUAAAUCCAGAUCUCCAUCGAUAUCACAAUCUUCGGAUAUAAGUUCCAGUCCUCAAGUCAUUAAACUUACACCGGAAUCAAAUUGUCAGCAAACUUCUCAAUGGCUUCGUAAAAAUAGUUUUGGUAGUCACGUGACAACAUUUUCAAAUUUCACAGGAGCCGACAUUCUUCGUCUUACCCGAGACGAUCUCAUACAAAUUUGCGGUUUAGCAGAUGGUAUAAGACUUCUUUACGCUUUGCAUUCGAAAGCCAUAGUACGUUUAACUCUUUACAUAUGCACUCCAACGUCAUCCAUUUAUUACGCCGUUUAUUUGGAUCAAAUCGGAAAAGCGGAAAUGAUAAAAAAAUUAGGGACACUUUUGGGAAUACAUCAUAAUCAAAUUCACGACAUGUUUUUAUUGGGACCAAACGAAAUAAAAGUUCUUAUAACAGAUGAAGUCGUUGGUAACAUAAAAGACGAAUCCAUGUUUUCAAUCGAAGUUUUCAAAGGUAAAAAAAAAAUUUUUUGA